UCCUGCGCCGCCACUCCUUAGUUGCUGCAGGAUGAAAGUUCGCCCCUUCAAGGUGAAGCCACAGGAGGAUCCUGAGACUGAGCCUAAGCCCGAGCUAGAGCCAGAAUCUGAGCCCGAGCCUGAGCCUGAGCCAGAACCCACCGCCAGAGGGUGGCUGCCAGAGGAGGGGACGCCAGAGGGAGGAUCUGAGCCCGGCUGGGAGAAGCCAGGCUCCGGGGAAGCGGCCACCUCGGAUCCCAGGUCGCAAGAACCCGAACCAGAGACCUCAGAAACCUCGGAGGCCUCGGGGAUCUCAGAGCCCUUGGCUGCCCCGCGCCGCCUACGCACCGACUGCCUAGAGGCGCCGCUGUCCCGCGCCUUCGCGCGCCUGGGCGCGGCCGUGGGCGAUCACCCUUGGGUCUUCCUGCUCCUACCCGCGCUGCUCACGGCCGCGCUGGGCACUGGCUUCCGGUACGUGGGAUCAGAGGAAGAGGACCUGGAGGAGAACUACACACCAAUCCGAAGCCCAGCCAAGGAAGAGCGGCAUUUCGUGCAGAGACAUUUCUCCACCAAUGACUCCUACAACUUCUCGGCCUCCAGGAUGCACGCUGAAACCAACUUCGCUUCCAUUCUGGUGGUCUCCAAUACCAACUCAUUGCUGGACCAGGAAUCCUUUGCAGAAGUCGAUAGAUUGGACCAAGCCAUGCAGACUUUGAAGGUGCAGGAAAAUGAAACCCAGGUCCCGUACACGGAGGUUUGUGUCAGGUUCCAGGGCCUCUGUGUGCCCUCCAACCCACUCCUGUACUCCUGGCAGCAGGACAGGACCCUCGACCUAACUAGGUUUAGCUUUCCUGUCCAUGUGCACACUGGCCGCAUCGUCAGCCUGGUGGGCUUCUUCGGAGGGAACACCUUGGGAGGGAAUCAGGUACUGUUGGAGGCCAAAGCCUUGCGGCUGUUAUACUACCUAAAGACAGAGCGCAAGGAGGACAACGAGCGAAGCAGGAAGUGGCUGAUCCACUUUCUGAACCAGUUUAAGGACAUGAAGAAGAGGCUGGCCUUGAAGAAUGUGCAGGUAGUCUACUUUACAUCAGUUUCCCGACAACUGGAGUUUGAAGUGACAUCUAAGACAGUCAUCCCUUUGUUUCACUUGGCUUACCUUCUGGUCAUACUGUUUGCAGUCAUAUCAUGCUUCAGGUUGGACUGCAUACGAAACAAAGUGUUGGUUGCAGUCUUAGGAGUAUCUUCUGCUGUCUUGGCAGUGGUGAGCAGCUUUGGUCUGAUGCUGCACAUUGGAGUGCCAUUUGUGAUCAUUGUUAAAAAUUCACCAUUUCUCAUUCUAGGUGUUGGUGUUGAUGACAUGUUCAUCAUGAUUUCUGCCUGGCAGAAGACAAGCCUCAUGGACAGCAUAAGAAAGAGAAUGUCCAAGGUUUAUGCACAUGUGGCAGUGUCCAUCACAAUCACCACACUCACCAACGUCCUGGCAUUCUACACAGGGAUCAUGAGCUCUUUCAGGUCCAUCCAGUACUUUUGCAUCUACACAGGAACAACCCUUCUCUUUUGCUAUUUUUAUAGCAUCACCUGGUUUGGAGCCGUUAUGGCCCUCGAUGGUAAAAGAGAAGUACUCUGCCUACAAUGGUUGAAAAAGCCAGACCAGAAAUGGUCUUCAUUAAAAAAGGCCUGCUGUGUCCCCUUUGGUUCUGUCCCAGACGAACGGGAAACUGAUGUUCAUCCAAUGAAUGUGUUCUUUAGAGACUAUUUUGGUCCUUUUCUCACACGCACCAAGACUAAGUUUUUCAUAGUGCUGACAUACAUUUUGUAUAUGACAAGCAGCAUAUAUGGGUGUUUAAAAGUGCAGGAAGGCUUAGACCUUCGAAAUCUGGCCAGUGACGAUUCUUAUAUCACACCAUAUUUUGAUGUAGAGGAAUAUUAUUUUUCAGAUUAUGGUCCCAGGGUUAUGGUUGUUGUUACUGAAAAUGUUAAAUACUGGGAUGAAAAUGUAAGGAAAAAAUUGGAAAAAUGUAUUACGAAUUUUGAAGAAAAUAAAUAUGUAGAUAAAAAUGUUACAGAGUUUUGGUUACAAACAUAUGUGCAAUAUAUGAAAAAUAACAGUCAGGAUCCUAAUGAUAAGGAUUCUUUUAUGGACAAUAUUUCUGGGUUUUUAAAUACCUUUCCAAAUUUUAUGAAUGAUAUUAAUAUUUCAUCAUCAAAUGAAAUCAUUUCUUCCCGGGGUUUCAUUCAGACUAAGGAUGUUGCUUACCCAGUCAGAAAGAAAUUAAUGUUACAGCAGUUACGAGGUAUAGCCAAAAAGUGUGAGGUCCCCUUGCUUGUCUAUAACCAUGCCUUCAUAUAUUUUGACCAGUAUGGGGCAAUACUGGAAAACACUUUGCGCAACGUUUUGGUUGCAUCAGUGGCUAUGUUCCUGGUCUCCUUAGUGCUCAUUCCUCACCCAAUGUGUGCCUUGUGGGUGACAUUUGCUAUUGGUUCUGUGAUUGUGGGAGUGACAGGUUUCAUGGCAUUCUGGAAGGUCAAUCUCGAUUCCAUAUCUAUGAUUAACCUUGUCAUUUGUAUAGGGUUUUCUUUCGAUUUUUCUGCACACAUUUCCUAUGCUUUUGUUUCCAGUUCUGAGCGCUCAGCAAAUAGAAAGGCAAUUGAGGCCUUGCAUAUGUUGGGCUACCCAGUGUUACAGAGUGCAACUUCAACAAUAAUAGGGGUGUGCAUUUUAGCAGCUGCCCAAGCAUACAUCUUCAGGACAUUUUUUAAGGUUAUGUUUCUUGUAAUGGUGUUUGGGGCUGCCCAUGGCCUCAUUUUUAUUCCAGUAUUCUUAACCUUUAUCUGAAGAUCUGUUUGAGAAGCCACUAAAAAAUAAAAAGAGCAGUUGUAGAAUUCUGACUGACUCAGUCCAAUCUGAUUUUUUUUAAUCGCAAUUAAGAAAAGUUGAUAAACUUUAAAUGAAGGCAUGCUGCUUGACCUGGAAAUUCAAUUUUAAAUCAUUAUCUAACAUAUUCUGAGAAAAAUUAGUUUUACAUGGAAAUACUAAGAAAGUGUUGUCAUCCUAAUGACAGUU